CCGUCACCCUCAAGCCCAAAGGAAACCAAGACCAGCACCAAUUAAGAUGGCGUCUAGUGAUAAUUUUACUUAGCGCACAAAAGUAUGCAAUGCGAAUGUCACGAUUAAGCCGUUAGUUCCAUGAGCAGCACAGCAACAGCAAGCAGCCCACGCACAAGAGCGCACAUUUCUUAUGUACCAAGUACUUGUUUGCUAAGUAACUAACAGUUAGAACGACUUAGACAAAAGUAAUCUAAGAAGUAACAAACACAACUACAACAAAACUCUUAACGUUUAACUCUAAUCGUCGACAAUGGCCAACACAGCGCAACUGUUGCGCCGCCAGAGCUCGCGCGACAUUGUGCUUAAGAGCCAAAAAAGUAUCGAUCAGUUGGAGUUGCGGGAGCUGCGUGGCCGCCUGGUGUCCAAGGAGCAUGGCGUCAGUCAUCAUCAUCACACAUCAUUGCACCACCAUCAUCAGCCCAUGUAUGGUGCCACAAAUCAGGGCUUCAUGUCCGAUGCCUUUGACGAGUCAUCCGAACUGGAACAGGAGCCGCCAUUUGGAUCCGAUGCCAGCACCAGCAAAAUUAAGGUCGAGCUGGCCACCGCUGUGGAUCAACAGGAACAGCAGGAUAUCGUUGAGGGCGAGAAGGAGGGUGACGAGCGCGAGAGCUGGGAUAGCAAAAUUAUGUUUCUGCUGGCCACCAUAGGCUAUGCAGUCGGCCUGGGCAAUGUGUGGCGCUUUCCGUAUCUGGCGCAGAAGAAUGGCGGCGGCGCCUUUUUGGUGCCGUACUUCAUAAUGCUGUGCAUCCAGGGCAUACCGAUCUUCUAUCUAGAGCUGGCCAUUGGACAGCGACUGCGCAAGGGGGCAAUUGGCGUAUGGAGCCAGGUGUCGCCGUAUCUCGGGGGCAUUGGCAUCUCCUCGGCCGUGGUCAGCUUUAUUGUGGCGCUGUACUACAACACGAUCAUUGCCUGGUGCUUGAUCUACCUGCUGCACAGCUUUGAGUCGCCAUUGCCAUGGGCCGAUUGCCCGACGCGCCUCUACAGGAACUACACCUACGACCAUGAGCCGGAGUGUGUGGCAUCGUCGCCAACUCAAUUCUAUUGGUAUCGCACCACGUUGCAGUGCUCGGAGGGCGUGGACAUGCCGGAGAACUUCAAUUAUCACAUGGCCAUUGCACUGAUUGUGUCCUGGUUUCUGGUCUACAUAUGCAUGGUGCAGGGCAUCACAUCGUCUGGCAAAAUCGUCUAUAUGACGGCUAUAUUUCCCUAUGUGGUGCUGAUCAUAUUCUUCUUUCGUGGCAUUACACUGAAGGGCGCCGCCGACGGGGUUGCCCAUCUGUUUACCCCGCGCUGGGACACGCUGCUCGACCCGGUGGUCUGGCUGGAGGCUGGCACACAGAUUUUCUUCUCGCUGGGCCUCGCAUUCGGCGGCUUGAUAGCGUUCAGCUCCUACAAUCCAGCCAACAACAAUUGCUAUCGGGAUGCAAUACUCGUUUCGCUAACCAAUUGUGGCACCUCCAUGUUCGCCGGCGUCGUGGUCUUUUCGGUGAUUGGCUUUAAGGCCACAGCGACCUUUGACCGCUGUACGGAGGACCGAGCCGCUCUGGUUGCCCAGAAUCGAACACACAAUUUACCCAUCUGCGAUCUGGAGCAGGAGCUGGCCAAUAGCGCCUCGGGUACUGGACUGGCCUUUAUCAUAUUUACGGAAGCGAUUAAUCAGUUUCCCGGCGCCCAGCUCUGGGCUGUGCUCUUCUUCCUCAUGCUCUUCACGCUGGGCAUCGAUUCGCAGUUUGGCACGCUGGAGGGCGUGGUCACAUCGCUGGUAGACAUGAAGCUGUUCCCCAAUCUGCCCAAGGAGUGGAUCGUUGGCGCACUGUGCCUCUCCUGCUGCCUGAUUUCCAUGUGCUUUGCCAAUGGCGCCGGCAGCUACAUCUUUCAGCUAAUGGACAGCUUUGCCGGCAACUUUCCGCUGCUAAUUAUUGCGCUCUUCGAGUGCCUAUCGAUCAGCUACAUCUAUGGGGUGAGGCGCUUCUCGGAUGACAUUGAAAUGAUGACCGGCUCGAGGCCAGGCUUCUAUUGGAUGUUCUGCUGGAAGUAUUUGUCGCCCUGCGCCAUGGUUACCAUACUGUUGGCCUCCUUCUACCAGCUGCUGACCGAGGGCAGCAGCUACCCGGCCUGGAUCGCGGCUAAGGGCGCCACCGAGAAUAUGGAGUGGCCACAUUGGUGCAUUGUCAUCGCCUUCAUCCUGAUACUCUCAUCCAUACUGUGGAUACCACUUGUGGCUAUAUUGCGUCUGUGCGGCAUCAAGGUAGUAGAGGAUUCGGAUCCUGCCUGGUUCCCUGAGGCGGAACUGAAAGAGGUGCACGGCAUCGUGCCCCAUGAGCCCACCGAGCUGGAGCGCAGCAUCUUCUGCUUUAAUAUGGACGGCACGGAGGGUAUGUGCUGUCCCAAAUACGGGCUGCCCGAGAAGUCGCUCGAAGAGGAGGAGGAAUAGACGCGGCAGCUAUUGCAAUUGCUGACAAUAACGAAACUAAACAAUUAUGUGUAAAUAUGGACAAUAACUAAGCCAAAAGCUCGCUCACCGAUGGAAGGCAGCGUCAAUACCGACAACUAUCUGUAUCUCCCAUUUAUGCUAUGUAUCUAUAUGUUCCCAAAGACUGCUCGAAAGACAACAACAAUGAUAGGAACCCCAACAGCCACAGAACAAAAACCACGGUGAACUCAGCGCCUGGUGCGCGGUUUCAGUAACAAAAAAUACAAAAAAAAAAUCAAAAUAAAUAAAACAAAUACUAAUAAAAAACAAAAUGACUAAAAUCUAUAAAAUGUUUCCGCAUAACUUCAUAAAUAUGUUCAAUGUUCUACGAUAAUUAUGUAUGUGUGUAUAAGGCAGCUCGGAUAGCAGAAAAGCCAAUAACAAUAAUAUGAAAUCAACUUCGGAAAUGUAUUUUUUUUUUUUUAAUAUAGUUAAAAGUGGGACACAUUAUGGUACUCACAUAUACAAUACUCGGAUCGUUUUGGCAUUACCCACAUAUGUGUAUGUACUACAUUUCCGAUUUCGUAUGGCGCGCCAUAUUCGAAGUUGAAUCUUUAAUUUCCACAUAAAUGAAGAAACGGAAAAAUUGAAACGCAAAGUGAAAUUGAAUUGCUGACUAUAUAUACAUAUAUACUUAUAUCUAAUAUAUGAAACUACUUAUAAAUAUAUUUAUAAUGUAAUCGUAUCUGAAGCGUUUAAAGACGCUUAAAGUUAUUCAAGUGUUUCGAUAGUUUGUUCUUAAGUCCUCUAAUUGCUUUUGUUUUUGCCUUUCGCCUAUAUGUAUACGUACAAUCUAUGUUUAUUGAUAAAGCAAUGAUGAAACCGUACCAUAUCUCUUUAGUUAUACAUCACCCACAUGUAUAUUAAAUAAUAUGAUAUGUCUGGGCGCCUGGAUAAGCCAUGUAAUACUGCUAGACAUACUAUAUAUACCUGUCUGUUGUGAUUCGCUUAGCUUUUUAUGUUGUUGUUCAAUCACUAAACAAGACGCCUUGGCUAGAAAAAUACCCUGUUCUCAUAUAGUUCUCAGUUCCUAUGUUUAUUUUGUAAUCGUUUUGUAGUUUCUAAGAAGCUUACUGAAAUUCUUUUUCAAGUGGGGACAGUAUGAAAACUGAAAUAAAUUUGAUCUGUGUUUGGAUUAUAGGAACAUUUUCUAGCUCUUAAGUCGCUUAAAAUACGAACAUAUCUAUUAUAAUAUAAAUAAUAUAUAUACAUAUACAUGCAUACAUUCAGACAUUAUGCAUACGUUUAUAUUUUGGUCCAUAUUAGGAUCUGGAAUAUAAAGAAAUCUAAAUGAGUUUAUUUUCUUUAAGUCUUGAAUGUUAUUCUUAAAAAUUGUUUGUUUCUCAGUUCAACAAAUGUACUUAUUUAUGAUCUGAACGUCUUAGCCAAAAACGUAAACUACAUAAACUGUAAUAAGAGGUAAAGCUAAACGUGAUAAGAGCCAGUCACAUAUAUAUUUAUAUGUGCUAUAUAUCUUUGGGCUCUGAUCAUUUGGUGUUUUAACAGCUAUAUACUAUAUAGUAUACAUCUACAUAUUUUAAAUGCCUAACUAAACGAAACCGUUCAUCUAGCCGAUACUAAGAUAUGCUAAAGGAGUUAUAAAUAUUAUAGAAAAAAAAAUAUCAUGCCACUGAAGGAAUAUACUUACAUAAGUACCUAUAUAUGUGCGUAUUUAUGUGUGUUAAAUGUGCAAUGCAACUAAUAAUUUAUUUAACAUAGUUGUACUAUAUUUACAUAAAUACAUAUACAUGCAUCCAUGUAUAGUUGAGAUUAUUAUAUAGUAUAUACAUACAUGCAUAUUGAACUGUAUUAAGUGUUAUCGAUGUUGAC